AUGAGUGGAUGGUGGGGCGUAGGAGCUCAGUCUUCAAUUGAUUCAGCCGUUUCUUUGUCUAAUCAACAAAAGAAACAAAAUAUCACCUCUCCGAACGGCAUUCGUGGAUCUAAAUCUAACUUGCAAUCUGGUGAUGUAGAAAUUAAUGAAUUAAAAAUUAAUUCCAUUGAAGAUUUGAGUACAUUUAUUCAACAAUUUGCUGCUAGUAUUCAUAAUAUGGAAAGAAAUGUAAAGCACUUGUUGAGAAAUUACGAAUCAUCUAAUGGUAAGAAUGGUAAAUCCGCUCUUGAUACUCUGAAUAAUAAUAAGGAUUCCGAGAGGUUGAGAUCCAAAAUUAAAGUUUCAAAGGAUAAAAUUCAAAAGAGUAGAGAUGCCAUUCAAAAGGGCUUACUUCGUUUCUCUAAAAAGAAGAUGGAAUCAUCAUCCGGUUAUGAUUUAGGUAGUGAUACUGAUUCUGUUGCUGGUGGUUUGGAUUCCUCAAUUGGAGGCGUUUCAUCAGCACAAAAAGUACAAUUUAACAAGUUACAAUCUCAGUUUAAGGAAUUAUGUAAACAAUAUGAAAAAUGUAUUCAAGACUAUCGUGAUAGUGAAAAGAGUAUGAAGAGAUCUCAAUUGUUUAAAUAUGGUGAUGAUGAUUUAGAUGCCAUGUUUUCCAAUAAGAAUGGAGAUAAAUCAUCAGCCAAGAAUGGUUCUUCCAACAGAACUAAAUCUUCCAGUGCUUCCCGUAAUAAUGGUGACGAAGAAGAAGAUGAUGAUCUUGGACAGCAAGCUCAAGCCCUCGAACAAAACAAAUUCGUCCUUAGUAGUGCCGAUCAAGGAACAUUGGACGUUGAGAAACAAAUCGCCCUCGAAACUAAUAGAGAAUUGAAAGACUUGGAAACUAACUAUUACGAAUUGCAUCAAUGCUUUGUUGAUUUGAAUGAAAUGGUAAAGGAACAAGGAGAAGGAAUUGAAGUUAUCCAACAAAAUGUACAACUAGCUAACGAAUAUGUAGAACAAGGUGUGGAAAAUAUUAAGGUCGCCAAGAGUUUUACUGGUAUGGGCUUAUUACAAAACAUCUUUUCUCCUGGUAAUAUCAUUAAGAAUCUUAUUAAGUAA